AUGGAUAUGCCGGCCGCCUGUGAGAUCGACCGCCUGCCGGAGGACCUCCUGGAGCACGUGAUCGCGCUCACCUCGCCCGGGGACGCCUUCCGCGCCACCGCCGUCUCCCGGGCCUUCCACGCCGCCGCCGAAUCCGACACCGUCUGGUCCCGAUUUCUGCCGAACGACCUGCCACGGUUCGCCAAGAACGAGAUCCCCCGCAGGUCGCCGUCGACCACGAAGGGGCUGUUCCGGCGCCUCGCCGACGAGCCCGUCCUUCUGCGGCACAAAUACAUGCGGAUGCAGCUCGACAAGGCUACCGGCGCCAAGUGCUUCACGCUCUCGUCCAGCGCGCUGCAGCCUCCAGCCUAUUCAACCUUGGUCCCUGUGGGUUCGGAUUUCGACUACAGCAAAAGAGGCAAAAGGUUCUUACAAGCCAUUAGAAUACCCUACUAUUUGCCGGGGCCGGAUAUCCGCGCAAAGGUACACCGCAAUAUGCUGUCCCGGAACACGACGUACGGGGCAUACAUGGUAUUCAAGCUACUCGACGACAGGUCCUACGGGUUAGAUCUCCCGCUCCAUGAAGCAUCCUUCGGCAUGGCCGGGAGAGAGUCGAUACGGAAAGUUUGCCUGUAUGGCUACGCCGAGGACGGGGGCGGGGCUGCUGGCGAGCCGCCUCGGAAGCUCAUCUUGCCAAGCUGGUAUCCUACUAGAUGCGACGCAAUCCCUCCCAUGUACGACGACGUUCAUUUCCCUCGUAAGAAGACCCAUGGUUGGAUGGAGGUGGAACUGGGUGAGUUUCACAAUGAGGAAGGGGAUGGCGUGGUCUCUAUCAGCUUGAUCCACACCUCGGACGCCAGGCCUACCGUCAUUGUGUGGGGCAUUGAAUUGAGAACUAUAUAG